GCACGCCGUGCUGCGCCGCCCCCGGUAUAUCUGUCCCCAGUCCCCCGGGCCGCCUCAUUCCCCAUCCUCAGAUCACAAUCUCUCUUCACGGUACCGCGACACCUCCUCCGCCCGCGUAGCCCCAGCCAUGGCUCUGUAGCCGCGACCCCUCUGUGCCCCCGGCCAGUCGCCGUGCUCACCGCGCCUGCGCUCUCCGCUCCUGCAGUCUUUCUUCAGCUGAGGCCACCGCCGCCUCUUCUUUCCGCAGCCAUGGAGUCCUCCACUCUCGCCUUGGUGCCCGUCUUCGCCCAGCUGAGUAAUCUCCAGAGCCUCCUGCCAGCUGUUGGUGCAGCCUCCUUCAUUGCCAUCUGUGCCCGGCACCCAAGCUGCAGCCAUGUCACUCCUGGCGACCCUGGGGCUGGAGCUGGACAGGACCCUGCUCCCAGCUAGCGGGCUGGGCUGGCUCGUAGACUAUGGGAAACUCCCCCUGGCCCCUGCCCCCCUGGGCCCCUAUGAGGUCCUUGGGGGAGCCCUGGAGGGCGGGCUUCCAGGGGGGGGAGAGCCCCUGGCAGGUGACGGCUUCUCUGACUGGAUGACCGAGCGGGUGGACUUUACAGCCCUUCUCCCUCUGGAGCCCCCCUUGCCCUCGGGUGCCCUCCCCACAACUUCCCCGCCUGCCCCCGACCUGGAAGCUAUGGCCUCCCUCCUCAAGAAGGAGCUGGAGCAGAUGGAAGACUUCUUCCUCGAUGCCCCACUGCUCCCACCAACCUCCCCAGCGCCGCCACCGCCAGCACCCUCCCUCCCUCUCCCUCUCCCCACCUUUGACCUCCCCCAGCCCCCUGCCCUGGACACCCUCGACUUGCUGGCCAUCUAUUGCCGCAGUGAGGCCGGCCCGGGGGACUCGGGCUUGGCGCCCCUGCCCGCCCCCCAGCAGCCCCCUCCUCCUCCUCCGCCUCCGCCUCCAGCCUCUCGCCCGGCCCCCUACCCGAAUCCUGCCACCCCCCGAGGGGACCGCAAGCAAAAGAAGAGAGACCAGAACAAGUCCGCAGCUCUGAGGUACCGCCAGCGGAAGCGUGCAGAGGGCGAGGCCCUGGAGGGCGAGUGCCAGGGGCUGGAGGCGCGGAACCGGGAGCUGAGGGAGAGGGCGGAGUCGGUGGAGCGGGAGAUCCAGUAUGUCAAGGAUCUGCUCAUCGAAGUGUACAAGGCGCGAAGCCAGAGGACCCGGCACAGCUAGGGCCUCCGGGCGGUAGGGGGCGCUGCUCGUCACCUUCGGCUCCCUCCUCUUUCGGGGGCUGGGCUGGGAGGGCCUCUCCGUCAUCCGCGGUUUCCCCCUCUCCCCCGGUACCCUGGCCGACCCCUCCUCCCUCUCCAGGAUCGCACACUGUUUGGCCUUAGUCAGUACCUACCCCCUUCAAGUACCAGCUGGAGGACCUGAGGCCCCAGGGGAAUGCAGGGAGCAGGGCAGAGCUUGCAAAUCCGGUCUGAAGCCAGGAAGCUCUGCAGAGGGGGCUCUGGAGACAAAGUCAGGGAGGGUUUUCAGAAACGUGCCCAUAGAAUAUGAGUAAAACAAGCCGAGUGACCUUGGGGAACUACACUGGGGGGAGUGGAGCCAAACGGCGGCCAAGCCGGCAGGGCAGGUGGAGGCGCGGGCCUUUGGGGCGGCGGACAGGGCGGGGAACGGCCGUGAUUGGUGAUGGGGUGUUCAUUUUAGCUCUGGGAGGACAGCAGUGUUUUGUGCGGUGUUGGGGAAGGGGCUGCAUCUAGGGGCAG